AAUUCACAUUAACACGCGCAUGCGCAAUGUAGAAAUUUCGGUACUCUACCAUUUUUCUGUGCCUCUCAUCCGCCAUAACGUGGAAAUCGCAGAGACAAAGAAUCAUCAAAAUGAGUUCGAAAGUUGACAAAAUAAGAUCUGACAACCAUUCUAGCGGGAGCCCAGCCAAGAAACCCCUAACCAAUAGUCACAACACCUCCAGCUCAAAGCAUAGAGAUCCAAAUGCCAAGCCAAGCUCCAAGUCUAAAGAAGGCGGGGCCGUCAAGGUCAUCUUGCUCAGCGAUGGCACCAAGAUUAAAACAAUGCCCGACGGGAGCAAGAUCAAGGUUAUGCCCGAUGGGCGCAAGUUUAAGAUGAAGCCCCCAACGUCGUCCAUGGCCCCGAAGCAGAAUAACAGUUCACAUUCCAGCAAGCCGAAGGGCGGAUCCCCGCCACCGAAACCCUCGUCGAAUUCAGCCAGGCCGGAGAAACCACCGCACAAGCUGUCACACAAUGAUAGCAUUAGCCGGAAAGAAGACGGGAAGCAUAAAGAGCCACCGAAGCCCAGUAGUUCCAGUAUACGCCCUAAAGAGAAAUCGUCCUCAUCCAAAGACAUCAACUCCAAACACAAAGAGCACUCUUCUUCGAAGCAUGAAGCCUCCAAACAUUCUAAUUCAUCCAAGCCUAAGGUUGAGCCCAAGAAGGAGAAGCCAGAGGUUAAAGAAGAAAUGGCCAGUCCACCUCGGAUUAAAGAAGAGAGUAGGACACCUGAAAAGCACAGCAAGAAAGAAGCCAGCAGCCCUGUCAAAUCUUUGAAAAAAGAGUCUUUGAGUGAGGAAGAAGGAGGAGAUGAUGAUGAUGAUGAUGUACCUUUGAACCAGCGGUUUGAUGACAACGUCAAGUCGGAGUCAAGGAGAUCAACCAAGAGGCCACGUUAUGCUGAAAAUGAUGAGGAGGAAGAUGAUGAGGAGGAUGAUGUCCCCCUGUCUGAAAGGAAAGGGUCAGCUAAGAAGGUGAAGCACGAGGAGCCUGUCAAGAAGAGCUCCAGCAAGAAGAGGAAACACCAUGAGAGCGAGGAGGACUACAGUGCAGGGGAAGAGGAUGAGGAGGAUGAUUACAAACCUUUGGCCAAGCAAAAGAAGGAGGAAAAAACAAAAUCGAAGAAGAAAUCAAAGGACACCAAGAAAGACAAGAAGGAUAAGAAGGAUACUAGUCGUUCCAAAGCGAAGACGGGUCGAGGAGCAAAGGUAGAGGUGAAGAAGGAAAAGGGAGGAGGAAGGAAGAAGAAAGAGGAAGAAAAACAAGAGGUUUGGGAAUGGUGGAAGGAGACCCCACAUCCUGAGGGAGUCAAAUGGAUGUUCCUGGAGCACACAGGACCCUUGUUCGCCCCUCCAUAUGAACCCCUGCCUAGCAGUGUUAAAUUCUUCUAUGAUGGAGAGGAGAUGAAACUUAGUGAAGAGGCUGAGGAAGUGGCCGGAUUCUAUGCCAGGAUGAUUGAACAUGACUACACUACCAAAGAUGUCUUUAAUAACAACUUUUAUAGGGACUGGAAGAAGGUGAUGACCCAUGAGGAGAAAGCCAUUAUCAAGGAUAUGAAAAAGUGCAACUUCAAGCAAAUUCAUGCCUAUUAUCAGAGGAAAUCAGAGGAGAGGAAAGCUAUGAGCAAAGAAGAGAAACAAGAAAACAAGAGGAAGAAUGAGGAGAUCCAGAAGGAGUAUGGCUUCUGCUCCUUUGACGGUCACAAGGAGAAGAUCGGCAACUUCAGGGUGGAGCCCCCGAGUUUGUUCCGAGGUCGCGGGGAGCAUCCCAAACAAGGCCAGCUCAAGAAGAGGAUAGGACCUGAAGAUGUCAUCAUCAACUGUAGCAAGGACUCAAAAUGGCCGAUUCCGCCUGAAGGUCACAAAUGGAAGAAGGUAAUCCAUGAGAACUCAGUGACCUGGCUAGCUUCAUGGACUGAGAAUAUCCAAGGAGCUAUCAAGUAUGUCAUGUUGAAUCCCAGCUCAAGAAUAAAGGGUGAGAAGGAUUGGGCCAAAUAUGAAACGGCAAGGAAGCUCAAAGAAUCGGUGGACAGGAUCCGAAACGAGUAUCGAGAGGACUGGAAGAGUAAGGAAAUGAGGGUCAGACAGCGUGCCGUUGCCUUGUACUUCAUCGACAAGCUUGCAUUGAGAGCUGGUAAUGAGAAAGAGGAAGGAGAGACGGCCGAUACUGUUGGUUGCUGUUCAUUGAGAGUGGAGCACAUUCAGCUGUAUGAGGAGCAGGAUGGCAUGGAAUUUGUGGUCAAGUUUGAUUUCUUGGGUAAAGAUUCGAUCAGGUACGAGAACUCUGUCCCUGUGGAGAAGAGGGUCUUCAAGAAUCUGAAGCUGUUCACAGAGAACAAGAAGGGAGAGGACAACCUGUUUGAUCGUCUCAACACCAGUAUCCUCAACAAGUACCUGCAGGAGCUGAUGGAGGGUCUCACUGCCAAGGUCUUCAGGACGUAUAACGCAUCCUCCACUCUGCAGAACCAACUGGUCGAGCUUACAGAUGCUGAUGACUCUGUCACUGCUAAGAUGCUCUCCUACAACCGUGCCAACCGUGCCGUGGCAGUCCUGUGUAACCAUCAGCGCGCUGCCCCCAAGACCUUCGACAAGCAGAUGGAGAACCUCCAGGAGAAGAUUGACAAGAAGCAUCUCGACAUCAAGGAAGCUAAGAAGGGGCUCAAGGCCAUCAAGAGCGAGUACAAGAACAGCCGCAAUGAGAAGUUGAAAUUGGCUAUGGAGAAGAAAGCGAAGCAGGUAGAGCGUCUGGUGGAGCAGCUUGCCAAGCUGGAGAUGAAAGCUACAGACAAGGAGGAGAACAAGGAGAUCGCCUUGGGAACCUCCAAGCUCAACUACUUGGAUCCUAGGAUAUCGGUGGCAUGGACCAAGAAAUGGGAUGUGCCUAUCGAGAAGGUGUACAACAAAACUCAACGAGACAAAUUCCGAUGGGCCGUUGACAUGGCUGGAGCAGACUUUGUAUUUUAAUCCUAGUUUUAACUUCAUCCCUCCCCGUAUUUAAACUCUAGGAACAAGUACUGACAGUAUUCACAAAGCACCAACUGCUAUCACCUUACCAUGUAGUUUGGUGUCGGUUAUAUUGUUUUGUUCAACUCGGUGUUCUGUUCUCAGCUGCCGAGCUCGUGGAGCAGUUUGCACAAAUGCAGUAAUACAGAAUCACCUGUUCACUUGGUCGAUAUCUUAAUAGGAUAAUGUAUCAGCACUAUAUCUUUAUCAUCAAACAUGUACAUGAUACCUUAUCAAGUCAUACUAUGAGACUAAUUGUUAUAAUGAAAUGCGUUUCAUGAUUGAUUUGUUCUGGCAAGUGCUUUCUAAGAUUUAUUUUUGAUCUUUUUUGUCUGUGAUUUACUAGAUAAGUUGAUUACACAUGUCUGAUUCAGGAUUAGUUUGCAGUAGGUACUUGGUGAAUACUGUCAGUACCAAUGGUUGUGUAAGAUGAUCAUGAUGUUUUUUAGCCGAGUCUUUUUCAAGGAAUUUUUUAUUUCAUUUUGAUAAUAUGAUGUCAGUGUGAAAAUGAGCAAAUAAUGUCAUAGGCUUGAUUGGGGCUACUGUGUUGGCUCUGAACGGAGUCAAGUGACUUUUUUACGGCCGAGAGGGCAAGAAUCUGCUGCCAUUUCUUAGAAUGAUGAGAGGUUAAGGACAGGAAAUGAGAGAAAGAAACCUGGCUCGUAGGAGAUAAAUACCACUUUUGACUGUUACUACAUACAACCAAUCACAAUUUCCUCCAUCUCUAUCAUUCAACAAAGUGAAGAAGGAUUUAUGGGGUUUGAGAUAAAAAGUGUAGAAGUGGAUACCUGUCACAGAAAUCAAGCAGACAUGUUGGAAUGCCUCCGAGUCUGUCCACAUUGCAGAGCCGGGAGAGCUCUCAUGGCUUGUUAAGACCGUACUAUCUGUGUGAACUUGUUGGUGUACAUCUUCUGUGCACUAAUAUAUUAAUACAUCAACAAAAAUCAUGCAGCAAGUUAGAGUUUUAUCCAGCUGUGGGUACGGGCCUAUCGACAUGCAUCACUGUCUGAGAAAGGAAACGGAAGUUGCAUUUAAAAUCUCAACUCUACUCCAUGGGUGUAAACAAAUUAUUCCAUGAUGCAAAUGAACUCAAUAAUUUGGACAUGCCGGUCUGCUGGUACUACAUGUAAACAAAUUCCAACUGGUUGAACAUCGUUGUAGGUUGUGAUGGCUAUUGAAAUGUGUGUGAGAAGGAAAGGUUAGCAUUCCACGAAAGUAUUGAGAAAGCGAUAUGCAAACUUGCAAAGCCAAGAGUUUCACCAAGUGUUUUUGAAUUAGGAUAGCUUACAAGAUGAAAGUUGACUCGAGAGUUCCACAUCUCCAGAAAAGUCCAUGGGGGUAAUAACAUUUUUUGAUGAAACACUUGCCUGAUACAGCCAGGGGUGGGUGCAUUAUGAAUUGAUGACGUCGACAUCUUACUGACAAAUUUUAAAUUUACUAAUAAAUUUUAAGGGGCAAAGGUUCAUAUGUUUGUAACAUGCAGCCUUUAUAAGAAGUUGACUUUAGGAGAAAUUAAUGAAUUUUUUGGAAAUAUUUAGACAAACCAGGAUGUAAAUAGCGAUUUUUGCAAGAUGCAUUUUUGAAAAUGUAUAACUGAAUGAAGUUCAACCUAAGAGCUGCUCAGCAAGUCAUUAUCGGUAAGCCCCCCCCCCCCCCAGCGUAAGAGAUGCCCCUCUCGAGUCUUUCAUCGUCGCAGAGGUCUGUUCCUUUCUAAUCUGCAUUUCCAUCAACACUGGUAAUGAAUUGUUAAAAUUGCUAAGAGGAAGAUUCCAUGAACUCCAGUCUGAAAGAAUAAUUGAAUGAUGAAGGUUAUGAUAGAUCUGCAAACCAAAGGGCUGGUGAAGCUAUGUAUGGCAGAGAAGAGUAUUCAAUGACAAAUAUCCUGCCUUAUUAAGAGAUGAUUUUAUGAUUUUUAUUUUCAUGCAUUUUGAAGUAUUUAUGCGUUUACAAUCGGUGAGGCUCUACGAAAAGUUCAUUUUACUGACGUAAGAAUCGAACGGUUCGUAUUGAUUUAAUAUGCAUUAUUAUUUACAGAUAUUACUAUUUUGCAUUUUGUUGCUGAAGUAUAUUUUUAUGUUGCCUAGUCUUCACUUUUUUUUUCUCCACAUGAUAUGUUUGAUUUUAUGAAUAAUUUUUCAGGCAUGUCUAAAAUUCUGACUUGUCUUUGUUGCUAUUGCAUGAAUUUGAUUUAAUUUGAUUUUAAUUCAUUAGAAAUUUAUGAUUUUAGUAACUAAGCCAUGGGCAUUUUAUCUGUAUGUUUUGUGUGUCGGCAAUCAGGUUGUGAGCGUAGGAGUAAGACCAAAUGUUUCAGGGAAUCCGCGUUAGGUGCAUACAUUCUGUUUGUGAUUCUCACCCACCUAAUCGACCAGUACAGAAUAAUGAAAUGCAAAAUGGAGAAAAAAUUGUCAAGUGAUAUGAAAGAAAGUUGUAAUGUGUGUAGGAACCUGAAAUCUGUAAAGAUCCGUGAAAAGCUUAGAAGUGCGGGAAAAGUAGCAGCCAAUAUGGUUCAACUCGCUCUCUCUUUUUAACCCCGAGAGCUCGAGAAUGACGUACUGACUGACUGCCAUUGUUUAAUAAAAUUGUUAAUCAUAUUUUUAUACAGAAAAGUAGUCAUUUUAUCAUAGACAGCAUGGAAAGUCUGUCAGGUUGUUCCGAUGCCCCCUGUGCUCGAUUUUGUCAUUUUAAAAGAUGGGCACGAGGGGCUCGCGCAAUUGGUUUUUUGAUGUGGUGAUUUACAGUAGUAUUGAAUGUGUAGUAAGUCUUCUCCAGUGAAUAGUGCUUCGUGAGUUUGUAUGUUGAAUGUGUGAAAUCAUCACCGCUUGAUUAUUAGUCAGAGAUAAAACAGAAUCGAUAGACAGAAUGCAAUUUUAUUUUAUUUUAUGUCAGGGUUGUGUGUGUGUUGUUAGAUUUCAUUUUGUAUGGGCAGUUUACUGUCAAGGGUCAAAUAUGACUGAACUGAUUUCUACUUCUUGCCUCACUGCAAAAUGUACCAGUUAGGAGCCCCCCUGUAUUGUAUGUGUAUAUUGUGUGGUAUUGCGUGACAUGGGCAUUCGUGUAGACAUUAAUUGGAACCUCAUUGUAAAGAACAUCGUUAGUACAUAGUACAUACCCUCAU